AUGGCGGAGCGGCGCGUGUCGCGCUGGUACUUCGGCGGCCUCGCCUCGUGCGGCGCCGCCUGCUGCACCCACCCGCUCGACCUGCUCAAGGUCCACCUGCAGACGCAGCAGGAGGUGAAGAUGCGGAUGAUGGGGAUGGCGAUGCGUGUGAUCCGCACCGACGGCUUCCUGGCUCUCUACAACGGGCUCAGCGCCUCGCUGUGCCGGCAGAUGACGUAUUCCUUGACUCGCUUUGCCAUCUAUGAGACCGCGAGGGACCGCUUGGGCCAGGGCAGCCAGGGGCCUCCCCCCUUCUAUCAGAAAGUGCUGCUGGGUGCAGUGGGAGGUUUCACUGGCGGGUUUGUGGGGACACCGGCAGACAUGGUGAACGUCAGGAUGCAGAACGAUGUGAAGCAGCCACCCUCCCUGCGGCGCAACUAUUCCCAUGCCUUGGACGGCAUGUACCGCGUCCUCCGGGAAGAGGGCUUGAAGAAACUCUUCUCAGGAGCUACAAUGGCAUCCAGCCGAGGGGCCCUAGUCACCGUUGGGCAGCUCUCCUGUUAUGACCAGGCCAAGCAGCUGGUUCUCACGACUGGGUUGCUGUCAGACAACAUCUUCACUCACUUCUUGGCCAGCUUCAUUGCUGGCGGAUGCGCCACAUUCCUGUGCCAGCCCCUGGAUGUGCUGAAGACCCGCCUCAUGAACUCCCAGGGCGAGUACCGGGGUGUUACCCACUGUGCUGUGGAAACUGCCAAGCUCGGCCCCCUCGCCUUCUACAAGGGCUUCGUUCCUGCUGCCAUCCGGCUCAUUCCUCACACCGUCCUCACCUUUGUCUUCCUGGAACAGCUGCGCAAAUAUUUUGGAAUCAAAGUGAUCACCUGAGUAGGAGGGACGGGACCCUGCCUUGCCCAGGGGGGUGAGCGUGCAGGUCACCACUGAGAUCCCAGAACCCCUCUCCCCUGUCUGGGGCCAGCGCCGCUCCCCCUACCCCUCGUGCCCACUCCCGUGCCUUGCCAGUGCCUGUGGCCAGCCAGUCCCAGACUCCUCUCUCACCCCCAUUCUCAGCACUUCCGUUACCUCUGGGAUAUUCUUGGGCCUCUUAUCCCCUCUGCACUUUUGGUUUGGGUUUUUUUUUGCUGUCUUCCCACUGCCCUACUGGCCACGAGUUCUGCCCUUACCUCCCUCAGCCCUGUCCCUCACAGGCCUCCCGGGAGCAGGGCUGUGCUGUGCUGGGGAGGGUGGGGGAUCCGGCCUCCUGCCUCCGUGCCUGGUCACAGAGCCUUACGGGGCUGGUGGGGCCAGUGACCAUGCUGCAGUGGAACCUGUGCUAGGCGCAGGGCUGGCUUGCUCCCAGCCUCUCCUGCAAGCAGCAAGGGGAGACACAAGUUUAGCGCAGCGAGGCCCUGUCCUCCCUUAGUGUCUCUGGCCCCACGUGCUCCUCCGUUGACCCCCGGGGCAGCCUGGCAUCCACGCUCUGCUUCUUGGCCUCCCGCGAUACCCCCUGCUUCUGCUUGGC